AUGAAGGAAGAAGAUAGCGAUAAAGAUAAUUUACUAUCUUACAUUGACACUCAAAUUAGCAAAUAUAUAUCAAAAUUGACUAAGUCUACACCACAACAAGAAGUUGUUGAUAUGCCCAUUGAAUACGAACCAGGAAGUUGGAAGUUAUAUAUAGAAUAUAUGUAUGAUUAUACAGAUUCAAACCUAUCUAAGAACGAUCUAGAAGACAUUUGUCGGAACCAUGGUCUUCCAACUGAAGGGGUAAAGGCAGAUCUAGUACAAAGAUUGAAAAUACAUUCAGCAAGGGUGUUAGCAAGCCCA